AUGGGAAGCGUCGCCUUCAUCGAGGAACGUCAGAAACUAAACAUGGGACUUGGAAUACCCGCAGGCAGUUUCAGCGUUCUGGCAGCAGCAAUGUCGAUACAUACAACACGCGGUUGGGGCACAGCUACAAGCGGCGCGGUAAGCGUUACUGCGGCCGCUCUGCUUUGGACGAUUUCAGCUUGCAUGCUACUCGCGCUGAUUGUUCAAUGUCUACGUACCAUUGUAGAUAUACCAGAACAAACUGAGGAUGCCGAUUCUAUAGAAGAAAACUUAACGUCGUCACGUGACUUAAUAGUCAUUGCUUGCGUACAAAUCGCUCUGGCGCUGAUUACUUUACUGAGUGCAUUGGUAUGUGCGCGGAUAGAUUUCAAAACUUGA